AAAGCACCCGAAAAUUUUCACUCAAAAAGCUGAUACUACAGCUUCUUCACCUUCUACUAAAAUCGUAAUACUAGAAAACAAACAUGAAUUCCAAAGCUUCUUUAUUUCUCUUCUCUGCUUUAGCACUUCUUUUGGCUUCAAGAGCCCAGGAAAGAGCUCCUCAUGGCCUAGCUUAUGAGAACCCAGUAGCAUUUUCACCUUCAGCAGUUGAAUUUUUUCAUCCAAAAACACAAGACCCUAACACUAAGAACCCAUGUGCUGAAUCAUCCGGCUGCUCCCCAUUGCCUCUAGCAGCUCAAGUGGAGGCUGCUCAAGCCCGGGAAAGUCUUCUACCAACGUCCCAGAAAGGUGGAAGCGGUCUUGGAGCAGGUGGUAUUGCCGGCAUUGUGAUUGGAUUGGCAUUUGCAGUGCUUCUUGCAAUGGGAGGGUUCUAUAUAUUUGUCACACGUCGAGCCAAUGAGAAUCGAGCUAACUCUGUUCAGCCUGAUGCUUGAUAGUGUCAUUUACAGUAGGCUUAAUGAUUUUGACUAAUUUCCCCUCCUACUAUUCUGUUUUACUGCUAGUCAUUCUCUUAUUGCUUCUUGUCC